AUGUCCCCAUAUAGGCUCGUGUAUGGAAAAGCCUACCACUUACCUAUGGAACUCGAGCAUCGCGCGUAUUGGGCUAUUAAGUAUUUAAACUUUGAUCUUCUCCCCGCACAAGAGAAGCACGCCAAACGAUUGCUCGACCUAACUGAGUUCCGAUACCUUGCAUAUGAAAGCGCAAAAAUUUAUAAGGAGAGGAUAAAAUUCUAUCACGACAGGAAGUUGAAGAAGAAAGAAUUCACUGUGGGAUCCAAGGUUCUGUUAUAUGAUACUAGGCUUCACUUAUUUCCAGGGAAAUUGAGAUCACGGUGGACUGGGCCGUAUAUCGUCAGACAAGUUCUGCCAAGUGGAGCCAUAAGAAUUGACAAUGUGGACAACCCCAGAGAAAAUGAUUCAUUCCUUGUCAAUGGAGUGAGACUAAAAACCUAUAUUAAAGGGCCUGUGUUGCAGCGGGCCAACGCAGAUAUCAAUCUGGUGGAGGUCCAGAAACUCGCCCAAUGA